AUGUCAAGCCUCAACCUAUGGUCCAUCCUCUCCGAAUCCAAACGAAUCAUCAACGCCCACUCCCGUCACUUCCUCGCUCUCUCCGUCAUCUUCCUCCUCCCUCUCUCCUUCUCCCUCAUCGUCUCUCCCACCAUCUUCCACCUCAUCACCACCUCUUCCAACUCCCCAACCAUCCACAUCCUCCUCCGCCUAGCCCACAACCAACCCCAAACCCAAACUCAAACUCAAACCACUUUCAAUUUACCCUCCCCCUUCCCACUUCUCUUACUCUCUCUCUUCCUCCUCUUGGUAUUCUCUCUCUCCGCCCUCGCCACCAUCACCCACAGCGUCUUCCACGGCUUCUUCGGCCGUCCCGUCAAACUCCUCUCCACCGUCACCUCUCUCUCAUCCUCCUUCCUCCCUCUCCUCCUCACCUCCAUCCUCUCCCACCUCAUCCUCCUCUCACUCUCCCUCCCUAUCCCCCUCCUCCUCGACCCCAACCUCUCCUUCUCCCCAAUCACCCUCACCGCUUCCGCUAUCCUCCUCCUCGCACUCAUCUUCCUCCUCUUCUACCUCCGCAUCUCAUGGACUCUCGCCUCAGUCAUCACAAUCAUCGAAAACACCUACGGAAUCCAACCUCUCCGCCGCAGCGCAUCCCUCAUGAGCGGAAUGAGAUCCACCGGAGCUUCCUGCUUUCUGUUCUUCGCUUCUUUAGAAGGAAUCAUGCUAUGGAGCGGUUCACUUCUCGCUGCAGUGGCUUCUGAUAGCGGUUCCUGGAAGGAUUGGGCUUUUGUGCUUCAGAUUGUGCUGACUUCCGCAGUCUUGACUAUACUUAUGCUUUACAACGCCGCUGCAAACACCGUCUUGUACAUGUAUUGUAAGGCGGUUCAUGGCGAACUCGCGGCGGAGAUUGCGGAAGACUUUGCGUGGCAGUAUGUUAGUUUGCCUUUUGAUGAAGACAAAGUCCCUUAUGUUGUGUCUGUCGUAAGUGUGUAA